GUGAACAGUGUUGGAAAACAAACUUCUAUUUCUAACAUACCAUAACUCUCCAGGUCUAUGUCAUACAACAUACCACGGAGUAAGGCUGCAAGGUCAUCAAAAUAAAAAAAAACCUUUCCAAUGUCAGAAUCCCCAUUUGCUAAAUCAGCUAACAGAAAUCACUUACAGGUAUAGUGGCAACAUACAUGAUUUGUGUCUUCUGGUGCACUGCACCAAAGCAAUAUAUGCGCAAACCUAAAUCCUACUUAAUUUUGGGACUUAUAUUGAUUGGUAAUAGCUUCACGACCCGAUGCUCAGGUUCGAUUCAGUCAACCAUAAUCCAUGUCACGGUCAUUUGUUGACCCUUAACUGCACACAGAGUCGACGCCUGCUGGCUUCUCUGGCCACACUCGUGCCUACUCCCCCUUUAAGAGACGUGGGCCGGUCGGUGUGUCACCCACCCGUGUCUGAGUUCCCUCUAGCGUGGGGAGGAGAGUUAGAUGGGCCAUACUGAUUGAGGAGAAUAAAUAAAGAGGAAAGGAGAAUAGGGAUUUCCGUCGCGGCUUCUUUGCUCCUCCUCCUCCUCCUCCAAUUUUUCUUUUUUUUGCGCACACGUUUUGCGCAUUGGAUGCCGCAGAAAAGCGCCGCACAUUUUGGACGACUGAAAGGAAUAAUCCGAACCGGUUUAUGGAGCGUUGAUUUUAACCCUCAAAAGGAAAAUUGUGCUUGUUGAUUGGAACGAUUCGAUUGAAGAGCGAGCAAAAGAGCGGCUCGUUACGUAACCGAGUGGCUCCCGAGCUGUCCACAGUGCUGAAAAGCGCGCAUCCGCGGAGAAGGUCACAGGCCCGUUUGUCGUGCUGCUGGUGGUGAUACAGAUUGAUCGAUUUUUCCCCCCCCUUAAGUAUUCCUGAGAAGAGGGUCCAAAUGUCGGGUCAGACACUCACGGACCGCAUCGCUGCGGCCCAGUAUCAGUUGACUGGUUCGGACAUGGCCAGGGCCGUGUGCAAGGCCACCACGCACGAAGUGAUGGCGCCCAAGAAGAAGCACCUGGAGUACCUGGUGUCGGCCACCAACACCACUAACGUGAACAUCCCCCAGAUGGCCGACACGCUUUUCGAGCGGGCCACCAACGCCAGCUGGGUGGUGGUCUUCAAGGCCCUCGUCACCACCCACCACAUGUGCGUGCACGGCAAUGAAAGAUUUAUCCAGUACUUGGCCUCCAGGACUUCGCUGUUCAACCUCAGCAACUUCAUCGACAAAACUGGCUCCCACGGCUACGACAUGUCGACAUUCAUCAGACGGUACGGCCGCUACCUGAACGAGAAAGCCUUCGCCUACCGCCAGAUGGCUUUCGACUUCACUCGGGUCAAGAAGGGUGCCGAGGGCGUGAUGAGGACCAUGACCACAGAGAAGCUCUUGAAGGGCAUGCCCGUCCUGCAGACUCAGAUCGACACGCUUCUGGAGUUUGACGUUCAUCCCAAGGAGCUGAACAACGGCAUCAUCAACGCGGCGUUCUUGCUGCUCUUCAAGGAUUUGGUCAAGCUCUUCGCGUCCUACAAUGACGGCAUCAUCAACAUGUUAGAGAAAUAUUUCAAGAUGAAAAAGAGUGACUGUAAGGAAGCGUUGGAGAUCUACAAGAGGUUCCUGACCCGGGUGACAAAGAUCGGGGAGUUCAUGAAGUUAGCAGAGACCGUCGGAGUUGACAAAAACGACAUCCCGGACAUCAACUACGCUCCCAGCAGCAUCCUGGAGUCUCUGGAAACGCACAUGAAUGGCCUGGAGGAUGUAAAGGGUGGCAAGAAGGGUGAAGGGUCUCCGACUAAGGGUUCUCCCACAAACAACGUGUCGCCAACUUCCACUCCGGCCAAAUCCUCAAACGCGGUCCCCGCGCUGCAGCCCCCGCCUGGGGAGAGCGCAGCCGCCGCCGCCGCCGCUCCGGCUGCAACCGAGCCAGCGGAAGAUUCCUUGUUGGACCUGGAUCCUCUGUCCUCCUCUGGCCCCCCAGCAGCCUCUGCCGGCCCCACGUCCUGGGGAGACCUUCUCGGAUCAGAAAUGGGCGAUUCCUUGCUAGCCGAGCCCACCCUGGCAGCGGAGGCCGCCGCCUCCUCCCCUGCCGCCGCCUCCGCGCCCGCCCCCGCGGCACCAGAAGCUGGAGUCCCUCUAGCUCCUCCCGCUAGCACAGCGACCGCCACCUCCCCUGGCGCCACCAAUAUGGAUCUGUUAGGAGAUGCCUUCGCCGCACCUGCCGCCGCCGCCGAGGCCUCCGCCGCGGCAGCUGAGGGCGGAGCCGCCGCAACGCCCGCCGCAGGAGCUGCAGCCGGAGCUGCGGAUUUAUUCGACUCCUCAGCCAUCCCACCCAUCCAUUCUUCCGUACCCCCACCCAAAACUGACAGCAGAGACAUCAUGAGCCUAUUUUGUGAGUCCACUGGAGCCGGAGGAGGCGAUGCUUCGGCGGCCGCUGCCGCCACCCCCGGAGCAGAACUUAUCUCAGCACUUGGUGGCUUAGGGGAUGUAAUGAAGCCCACCCUGACCCCCCAGGCGGGCGAUGUUGACACCUCCAUGGCUAACGUGGCGAGUAAUCUGACGAUGGGAUCCCCAGCGGCACCUCAGGUAGCUCCCCCCAGCUGGGGUGCCCCCAUGCCAUUUAUGGGGACUCACCCAGGCUACGGAAUGCCUGGGGCACCGGGUGUUGGAGUUCCCAUGAUGCCUUUGGUUAGGCCGGGCUUCCCUGCCACCGGCGCCCCGAUGUCCCCUGGAAUGACUCAGAGCCCCAGAAAGCCUCCCCCACCGAGGAACGCUCUGGAUGACCUGAACAUCAAGGACUUCAUGUAGGCCGACACGCAGACCUUCUAAAAGGUGGUAUUGUGUGGCGCUCUGGAUGUCUGCACUGCCCCACUGCCGCCCUUCAGUCACGCCCUCCGAUCAUCAGCCCCCUGAACCCUGAACCCGCUCCCAGAGGCUGCAACCCCUCGAAAACACCCCCUCGCUCCACCUCCUACCCCAUAUUGUACUGUUGUAGCACAACCGUGAAUGUGAACCCUAGAUACAGAACACCGUUUUAUGUGUGAGUGUGUGCGUGUGUGUGUGUGUGUAUCAGUGUUAAACUUUACUUAAUAUAUUACGGCGGGUGGGGGGAGGGGGGGGCGGAGAGAAAG